AUGCAGCACAAACGAGGCGGAAUAUGGAAGUUACAGGAGAAUACGAUGACGAUGUUAGCGGCGGAAAUCAUCGGCACAGCAAUGCUCCUGUAUAUCGGUUGUAUGGGGAGUGUUGGCUCUAUGGGAUUCGCACCUCCGGCGCUACAAACGGCACUUGCCUUCGGUCUAUCGGUGAACUUCAUAAUUAUGACGAUAGGUCACAUAAGUGGCGCUCAUCUUAAUCCGGCUAUCACUAUCGGUGCUGUCAUUUUGGGCCUGAAAUCAAUUCCUACCGGCAUGGUUUACAUCUUGGGACAGUUGAUUGGUGCCAUCGUGGGAUAUGGAAUUUUAAAAUGGAUAACACCAGUGGAAUUGUUUAACGACGGAAAAUCAAACUCGACUGAGAGCCUUUGCGUCACUGUUGUUUAUCCGGGACUUAGUAACGUGCAAGGUUUAUUAAUUGAGAUAUUUUGCACGUGUUUCCUAAUUUGCGCAGCUUGUGCAACAUGGGAUCCUCGGUGUUCUCAUCUUACGGAUUCGGUCGCCCUCAAAUUCGGCUUUUCAGUCACUCUCCUUUCUUUUACAGCGGGUCCUUAUACCGGAUGUGGUAUGAAUCCAGUGCGAUCAUUUGCACCUGCACUUUGGAAUGGUAAUUGGAAGGAUCACUGGAUUUAUUGGGUUGGUCCUAUUUUGGGAGCCUUACUUGGAACGUUUGCUUAUCAAUUGCUGUUUACAGAAACACAACCAAACAGAAAAAAAUCUAUUUGUUUAACUGAUAUAAAGCCUGUUACCGUAUUGUCAUAA